GCGCAGCUCGCGCUCCUGACGAUCAGGAAAGAGAAACAAUGCGAGCAUAGAGGAGUGUUUCCACUCAGAGCCGUGUGCUGAAGACGUGUCGAUAUCUCAGGAUCACACACACACACACACACACACACACCUCAUGACCCGAGCUGAACUUUAGCCCCAGCUCAUCGAAGCAGGUGAACAGUCGCUAGAGAGAGAGAGAGAGAGAGAGAGAUGAAGUGUACUUCCCUGAGGAUGAACACACUGGUCUGACUGUAGCAUGUGAAGUCUCCGAGCACUCGUGCAGCAUGAGCGGCGCUGGGAAAGCCUCGCUCUGGCCCUCGUUCAGCAUCUUCAGGCCGCGCUCGGAGCGAGUGCUGCUGGCCCGCAGCGUGAGCGCUCCUGGAGAACCGGUGCUGAAGAUCACCAUCACAGAGACCACGCUGAUCGAGGCCCACGCCGGCGUCUGGAGCUCCAGGGCUCUCUCAUACCUGACGCUCUGGUACUUCUUCAGCUUCUGCACGCUCUUCCUCAACAAGUACAUCCUGUCUCUGCUGGAGGGGGAGCCCAGCAUGCUCGGUGCUGUCCAGAUGCUCUCCACCACCGUCAUCGGCUGUGCUAAGAUGUUUGUUCCUUGCCCUCUGUACAGUCACAAAUCCCGCGCCGAAAACCCCCCCAACUUCCUCAUGAUCAUGCUGUUUGUGGGACUGAUGAGGUUCGUAACAGUGGUGCUGGGUCUGGUCAGUCUGAAGAACGUGGCCGUGUCGUUUGCUGAGACAGUCAAGAGCUCGGCGCCCAUCUUCACCGUCAUCAUGUCCCGUCUCAUACUGGGAGAAUACACAGGGUUCUGGGUGAAUCUGUCUCUGGUUCCUGUGAUGGCGGGUCUGGCUCUCUGCACUGCCACCGAGGUCAGCUUCAACAUGCUGGGCUUCUCUGCCGCUCUCUCCACCAACGUCAUGGACUGCUUGCAGAAUGUGUUUUCCAAGAAGCUGCUGAGUGGAGACAAGUAUAAGCUGAGUCCUCCAGAGCUUCAGUUCUACACCAGCGCCGCUGCGGUCAUCAUGCUCGUCCCUGCCUGGAUCUUCCUUAUGGACCUGCCGCUGACGGGGAAGAGCGAGCGCUCCUUCAGACUGUCUCAGGACAUCGUGCUGCUGCUGCUGUUCGACGGCGUGCUCUUCCACCUGCAGAGCGUCACGGCCUACGCUCUCAUGGGACGCAUCUCCCCCGUCACCUUCAGUGUGGCCAGCACGGUGAAGCACGCUCUGUCCAUCUGGCUGAGCAUCAUCGUGUUCAGUAACCCCAUCACGCUGGUGUCGGCUGCCGGGACCCUGAUGGUGUUCCUGGGAGUCCUGCUCUACAACAAGGCCAAGCAGAUGCAGAGAGACUCUCUGGUCCAGCACGCUCUGGACCAGUCCACCGAGUCCCAGCAGAAGCCCAUCCUCCAGGACGCAGACGCUGCCUCCGCCGAAUAACAGUCCUGCACUGAUGCUGUCCUCAAACCUUUCACACUGAGAGCCAAUCAAGCCUUCUCUAACUGCCUAUAGUUCUGCUUCCUGAAAACUGAAAGAGACUCGUUGCAGUAUUCUGUGGGCUACAUGGAGACAACACAAAUCUCAUUUGAGAGAGUGAGUGACUCUCACCAGCAAACAUCCAGCUCAUAUUUUACCCAACAUUAAUGAUAAAAAAAGAAAUUAUAGCUUGCAGCAGGACAUUGUUUUAAGGACCAUUUUUUCUUUUUUUCAUUAUUGAUUCUUUGAGAAUAAUGUCAGUGUUAAAAGCAUCCUAAAUUAGGCUUUGUGCAACAUUUCUGUUGCAGCUCAUUUCUUAAUUGAACAAUCUCACAUUCCACUGCUUUAGUGAAGAGUAGAGCGAUCUAGUUUUUGUGUAUUUUCUGACUUUGUUCAGUCCACAUGCAGUGACCACAGCGAAUCCCAAUCUUUGUCCAGCCUGUGUUUUCUCUCAGAUGAUGAUGAUUUACUGUAAUCACGUGCAUCGCUGCAGAAACUGACAGCUUUGUUACACAUCGUCUCACUUAUUUUGGAUCUGGAAUUCCCGAUUAUGUCCAGAUUAUCAAAUUACUUGAAGUUUCCCUGUGUUUUCCCUCAGCAUCUUCAAAUGUUGUUUUGUUUUUUUCUCAUUUGUUCUCUUUAAAAUCAGUUUGAGUUCUCUCUGUGAAUUGUGUUUUAAAUGAUAUGACACAAACUGACUUGUCAAAUGAAAUUAUGAAUCUCCUGACAGAAAAUAUUUGCAAGGUGUUAUAAUUUUUUGUAUUUGUUUUUAUCUUAUUCAGUUAUUAACUGUGGUGGGUUGUGUAUGUGAUAUAUAAAAUGAUGUAUGUUUGUACAAUAACCACUAGUGGGAAUUGUCUGUAUAAUUUGGUCUUUAUUUGUGCAUUGGUAACAUUUUGAUUUAUAUGAAUUUUGCAUUUCUUUAUUAAAGCAUACAGUGCAA